GCGCUUUAAAGAGCGGCGGGGCGCGAGGGGCGCGGAACCGGCGCCCGGAGUGCGGGUGUGCGAGGCUGCCGCUAUCAUGUCCCUGCAGGCUGAUUUUGAUCAGGCAGCCGAAGAUGUAAGGAAGCUGAAAGCAAGGCCAGAUGAUGAAGAACUGAAAGAACUCUACGGGCUCUACAAACAAUCUGUAAUUGGAGACAUCAAUAUCGAGUGUCCAGGAAUGUUAGAUUUGAAAGGCAAGGCUAAGUGGGAAGCAUGGAACCUCCAAAAAGGGUUAUCGAAGGAAGAUGCCAUGAAUGCCUAUAUUUCUAAAGCAAAAGAGCUGAUAGAAAAAUAUGGAAUUUAGAAUCCAGCCUAU